AUGACAGAAUCAAAAAAGCGAUUGAAUUCUUCAAUGACUUAUGAAGAAUAUGUAAGUAUUUUUGAAAAAGAACCUAAGAAACCCUCCCUUAAACCAAAAUUAAAUCCAGAUCUUCUAAUAGAUGACUUAGAUCUUCUUAGUGAUGCUCCAACAACAGACAAUCUUGAGACUCUCUAUACAGAAAUUAAGGAACAAUAAAAUCAAAAAUAAGUUGUACUAUAAGAACAAACUUAAAAAAGAUAAAGAACUUAUAGUGAAAACAUUUCUUAUACAUUCCUUAGUUUUAUAUAGAAAAAAAUUGAAAGAAAGUAAUCAGAUUGA